UGAUUUCGAAUUGUUUACCUGGAGAACAUUUGGAGAUUGUUAUUGCAAAUCAGAAUCAGUUUCUGAUCCUAUCUUUGGCCAUGAUUGUAUAUCAGGAUUCAUCAGUUGUCAAGGACCAACAACAAUAAUAAUAAAACCAGUUUUAGAAUUAUCUACAACUACAACAUCAACUACAACUACAAAAUCAACUUCAAAUGAAAAUGACUGUAACUUUCCUCCAGAAUGCUAUCUACCAGGGGUUGACCUUCCUGGCAAAGAUAUUCCUGGGCACACUCGUAUAGUUAUGCCAACAGUUCAAGAGUGCAGUUGCCAUUGCAAUACAAUCAGCAGUAGCAAAAGUUUUGUUUGGUUAAGCUCUGGUUACUGUUGGUGUAAAUAUGAGGCAGCUGAAGAAACAUUAAAUACUGAUGUCAUCUCGGGGAUAUUCAACUGUUCUAUCGCUGAAAUGGUAGAAAAAGACUUUGAGUCGAGUAAAACUGACUAUUGUACGGAGAAUGGUGUAGAAUAUGAUGGAAAUACCAUUGUAAAAGUUGGAGGUAUUAAUACUUUGGAGCAGUGCUUCUGUGAAUGCAGCAGUUUCAGGACAUUCUAUGAUAUUGAUUUUAAAUCUAUUGAUUAUCUAAUAAUUAUACCCAAAAGUUAUUUGCCAUUUCAAUUCAAUUUCUGUAACAAGAACAAUUUGAUUUAAUUUUUGUUAAUAUCCUUACACGCGGUAAUCCGUUAUUUGUUAGAUUCCUUUCAAUCUUGACAACUUUAAAACAUGUUGAAACAAUAAGCUUGUUAAGAUGUAUUAUUUUUGAUCUAAAAUGCCGCCUGCAGGCGGACGGUAAAAAAACCCAAAUGUGCAUCGGUCUAGAAAAGUUAAUAGUCUGGUCAAAUGAAAUGAAGAAAACCAAAAACUUUAUAACUUGACAUAUCAUGGAUUCUGAAUUAAAGUGCAUGUCAAUCUUUUUAUUGGAAUACAAAUGAAACUUGUUUUCUCAAAAAUACUACAAGGGGAAGAAAAUUAAAUGCCCUUGGGAUUACUGGCCACAUGAAGCCUGCAGAAUGUAUUUAUACAACAACAACAACAACAACAACAACAACAAUAAUAACAACAACAACAAAAACAACAACAACACCACCACCAA